GUUCAUGCAUUAGAUGUUUUUCCAAUAUUUUAUGAUCCAACAUAUAAUGUGGUCUUACUACUUAGCUUUAUGAGAUUUAAGCAAUCUCAGAUUGACUGCAUUAAUGCAAGCUUACUUUGUUAGAAUGAAAUUUUUUUGAGUAUUACUAAGAGAGUCUUCGUUGUUUCCAUAAAUCACUUCUAUGUAGUUGUACUCUAAUUGUUUUUUAUUUCUUUUUUUAGAUGUUGAGUUCUAGUUUGGCCUUCGUUUGACCGUUUGGAGAUGCAAACGUUAGUUUACUAUGCUUUUCAGAUAAAAUAUAUGUAAAUCUGUUUUGUUUUGUAUGUUGCGUUUUGACAUGACCUUUGACAGUCUGGUAAGAAAAAGAACCUCAACUUUUAUCUGUUGUCUCGAUGAUAUAUACAAUAAUAAGGUUUGUGAUCUUAUAGGUAGCUGUUAGCUUGUUGGCAUUUGGAAAUAUGUAACAGAAUACUUAACUAAGUUCAUAAUAUGACCAGAGAUAAUAAAAAAACAGUUCGACUCCAAGAGGGAAUUUGACUGAACAAUAAGCCGGAGGCGAGAGAUCGAUACCAAAGAGAACAUACACCAAAACUUUCACACCAGUUAAUUUCUUGCUUUUCAAGAAAAGAAUAUUAUGAACAUGUAUAUUCGUUACCCAGUACGUUUACCACGUCGUGAAGCUUAUAUCAAGAUAGUACAAUAUUCAACAUAUAUUUUGUGAAAUAAUCUGCGUUAUGUAGUUUUGUAUUUCAAAUUGGUAAUUUUAAUAUUAUCCAGUAAUCUUUAUUUUAGUCGGAUAAUCUUCAACCCUAUACCCAUAUGUGGGCCCAACAAAGAAAAAGGGUAGCCUAUGGAGUUGAUUAUAGUUUUCUUUAAUCAUAUAAGAGUUGACUAUAUUUGUUAUUACUUAUAUCAUGCGGCAGCAUUAGUCAAAAAGAAGAACAUAAAAAGCCCUAACCUCAGCCGUCUAAUUCUGCCACCUCGAUCUCAGCCCUGCUACCUACACGGUACAGCAAAUUAUCUAGAUUAUCACCAAAUAGUUAUCUUUAUUAAUUAACUACGAUAAUUUUGUAGUUAAUUGCGAUAAUCUUGUUAUCCAAAAAAACACAACGAUAACGUUGUUACAUUUUAUGGUUUUAGUUUAGAAUAGGUUUUUAGUUUUGGAGUUUUGUCGGUCUUCAUUGUUUUCGUGUUGGUGAAGCUUUCUAUCAAUACUGCACAAAAUUCGAGCAGCUAAUUCAUCUCGCGUGUGUUUGUAGUUCGUCAGAAAAGCGUUUUAAGCAAGCUUAAUUCAUACACAACACAAAAAAUAUCAUCAAUGGAACGGCAUAGGUCAGUUUCUUUGUAUGUUUUAGAUGUUCUUAAAUUUAUCUCCAUAACUCAAAACCAACUAGUGUUUUUUUGUUUGUUAACUUAAUUUUUUGUCUUUUGACAGUAAAAGAAGAGUUACUGGGAGCAUGAGCAAUCAAGACCUUGAGAAUGCUGACAGGAUCAGCGAGUUGCCUGAGGCUUUGAUCCUGCUGAUAUUGUGUCUACUUCCUAUGAAAGUUGCCAUCGCCACAAGUCUCUUGUCUAAGCAAUGGAGAUAUCUUUGGAAGUUGAUGCCUAAACUCAAGUUUGACUAUUUGGAUCACAAACGUCAACUCGGGACGUUUUCAAGUAAUGUUUGCUCGACUUUGGUUUCACACAUGUCUCCGGUCCUACAGAGUUUGUAUCUCAUUGUUCAUCAAGAAAGAUGUAAUGCAAAGGAUAUUGGAAUCUUGCUUGGAAUUGCACUGGGUCUCCAUGUGCACGAGCUGGUUCUCGAAGUUCGAUCUAGGGAAGUGUACAAAUUUCCUAGAAGCUUGUUUAUAGUUAAUACACUACGGACCUUGAAACUAAGGUAUAAUGUUCAUAUGGAUGUCCCUUCACUGGUUCGUUUCAAAUCCCUUAGAAAUCUGCACCUUCACUAUGUAGAAUACAGGGACCAUAAUUCAGUUAUUAACCUUUUUGGUGGCUGUCCUAAUCUCAAAACCUUGACGGUGCAUAGAUAUUCACAUAGCAGUGUGAAGACAUUCACUAUAUCAGUGCCAUCUUUAGAGAGGCUAUCAAUUUAUAAUAGCAAUGGUGGACAAGUAGAUUGGGGCUAUGCGAUAAAUGCUCCUUCAUUGAAGCUCCUAAAGAUUAAAGGAAUUUGUGGUCUUGGGUUUUGUCUAAUCGAGAAUGUUAUGGAGCUGGUGGAGGCAAGUAUCAUUGAUGUCUCUAGUAUAUCCAACGAGAACCUUCUAGGGUCUCUAACUUCAGUAAAACGUCUUUCACUGAGAAUAUCUCCCUUGAAGGUUACGUUUCCUACCGGUAGCAUCUUCGAUCAGCUGGUGUACUUGGAGCUACAUGCAUAUAAAGAAGCAUGGUGGAAUCUACUUACCCUUAUGCUUGAUAGGUCUCCUAAAUUGAAAACCCUCAAGCUCAUCAACAAAUGGCAUUGUGAAAAAGAAUAUGUGGGUCGUGGGGAAUGGAAACAGCCAGAGAAUGUUCCUAAAUGUUUUUGGUUUCUUCUUGAGACAUUCAUAUGGAAAGGCUACAAAUGGCAACGAGAAGAUGAGAAACAAGUGGCAAAAUACGUUCUAAAGAACGCAAUUAAUUUGAAGAGAGCAAUUAUCUCCUCAAAACGUAUCAAGCCUAAAGAGAGAGUAGAGGUGGUCAAGGAUUUGAAAAGUGUGGUCAGGGCUUCAAAUUUCUGCCAGCUUAUAUUCAAAUGAAAAUACAUAUUAGGAUAGUUUUGUAACUUAUACGGUGCUUCCAGUUCAACAGAUUUCUAGAGAUUUACUAGAUUUUUUUGAUCAUCGCUUUAAAAGCGCAUGAUUUUGUAUAUAAUAUUUUUAAUUUAAUGAAACACGAAUCUUUGAUUUUAAUUUAUGUUCAUAUUUUUAGGUUGGUUUAAUUCUCUGGUAAACAUUGAAAAUAUGUAAUAAUUUUAUUAUCUAAAAUAGUAUAAAAUAUAUAUUUUACUAAACUUUCAUUCAUUUUGAUUUAUUUUAUGUGUUUUUCUACUUUUAUAGGGAAUUAAAAAUAUAUUUAUAAAAAUAUAUUUAUAACAAUUUUAUUAUUUGAUUUAGAUGAGAAUAUUAUAUAAUUUUCAUCGAGAUGAUAAUUUCUAUAUAUAAUAUUAUUUGAUUUAAAUUAUUGAAUUUUCGCCUGUUUGUUAAUAGUAGAUUGUACAUAUGUAAUAUAUAUAUACUAGGUGUUUUGCCCGCGAUGCAAGCUUAAACAUUUUCAUAAUUUUUGAAAAGUUCUUUGUACACAAUAUUCAUUAUAUAUUAAAAUAAAUCUUAAAAUAACUUAAUAUUAUAUUUUUAAUUAUAUAAUUAAAAAAAUUAUUUGAUUAAUAUUUAAUUAUGUAAUUUAUGUUUUUAACUUUUUACUAAAAU